AUGCUCCUCGUUAAUUACUACAAGCCAACCCCUAUUACAACCACAAUUUCCCGGCAAAACCUCUCCAUGUCGAUGCCAAGGUUAGAAGGUAAGGUUGCAAUAAUCACAGGAGCAGCCAGUGGCAUUGAUGAGGUGACCGCAAAGUUAUUUGCGGAGCAUGGGGCCUUUGUGGUCAUCGCCGAUAUUCAAGAUGAAUUGGGUCUCAAAGUUGUUGCUUCAAUUGGUCCGGACAAAGCUAGUUAUAAGUAUUGCGACGUAAGGAACGAAAAACAAGUCGAAGAAACUGUGGCCUUCACCAUAGAUAAAUAUGGCUCCCUUGAUAUCAUGUACAGCAAUGCAGGAGUCAUGGCUCCUCCGUGUAGCAUCCUACAAAUGAACAUCGAGGAGUUUGACAACACAAUUGCCAUAAAUUUAUGUGGGAGCGUCUCAUCAACUCUUGGUGGCAAUGGUCCACAUUCAUAUACCACUUCUAAACAUGGUCUAUUAGGCAUUGUUAGAUCGGCUGCGAGUGAAUUGGGGAAGCAUGGCAUAAGGGUCAACUGUGUUUCUCCUUAUGCAGUUGACACACCUCUGGUGUUUAACACCAUGGCUAAGCUGAGUUUGGAUCCAAGAAUGUUUGAAACUGCAAGGUCUGCCAUGGCCAACUUGAAGGGAAUAGAUUUGAACUGUAAACAUGUUAUGUAA